GGUGAGUAACGAAAACUUUGUCAAUGAUUGUUUCAUCUAAUGAACUGUCAACUUUUUCCGCAGUUUUCUUGGGCGAGAAGAAAAGAAAACUUUUAUUGUCUUAACUGCUCUCCUUCCCUCUCCAUCUUCAUUUCUCAUAUGCUACUCUAGUACCUGUGACCAUGUCUCACAUUUCUGCUUGAGUAACUGAGGAUUGAGUGAAGUUUAGGAGAGAAGCUAAAUCGACAGCUCUUCUUCUUGGAACGCGCUCAAAGUGGCUUCCGGCUAUGCAUUUGGUGUGUCAAGGCGUUCAGUUUCAGACCUAGAGAUCUCUCUCAUUCUAAUAUAAUCCUGACAAUUAUCGAUCAUCUCGCUCAGGCUCGCUUACUGGAACGCUUCAUCGAUCAAUCCUUACUUCGGACUGUUAACGUUCAUACAACAUGCCUGACUUAGUGAUCAAGGUGAAGUAUGCAGAUACACUUCGACGCUUUUCUGUGGACGUCCAGGAAGAUGGUUCCAUGGAUCUUAACAUGACCCUAUUGAUGGCAAAGAUCCUUAAUCUCUUUAAGUUUGCUCCUGAUGCUGAUCUUAACCUCACAUAUAUUGAUGAAGACAGGGAUAUUGUAACACUUGUUGAUGAUGAUGACCUGCAGGAUGCCUUUAGGCAGUGUCUCAAUCCGCUGAGAAUAAAUAUAUUGCUGAAUAGUACUAGAAAUGGAAGAUAUGACACAAGAUCUAGUGGAAGUUCAACCCCUAUGAGAUCACCCUUCAGCCUGGGUCCUUCAUUCCCAAACAUCAAUUCUGGUGUUACUGAAGUUCUAAAACCUGUACCAGAGCCAUUCCGUGAUGCACUCUCAAUGCUCUCGUAUGAUUUGGCUGCAAAGACUUCAUCCUCUGUUCCAGUAGUGACGGAGCUUGUCGAGUUUUUGUCAAAGUUAGGACUCAAUAACCUGAAUUCAGUUCACCAGUGUAAUGAUGGUGCACAUUCAAGUGCACAGGGAGUGGCUUCUGAGAACCCUGUUGAAUUCAGAGUGGCUGAGGAUCUGGAAUCAUUAAAAAAAUUAGCACUUGUUCAGAAUGCUAAAGUUGCCAAUGCAAAAUUAGCAGAUGAUAACAAAGAGUGUGACAGUCGUAAUGUUACCAGAGUUGUGGGCACCUCAGUUCCUAAGUCUGCUACUUCUGUGGAUCUUAAUCUGGAUCCAAGAGAUUCUAUAACAUCAGGAUUUUCUGCUGCUGGUCUUACUGUUCCUACAGCUUUGGGACAUAAUGAUGUCAGUGUCAAUGGAAAGGACAUCCAGAAGAAACAUAAUGGUAAUCUCAGUGGGAAGUCAGUUGCUUCUGUAACCCCAUUUUAUACAUUUUCUGAUCGUCAAGUGCAUUUUAGCCCCCAACCAUAUGAAACUUCAAACUCAGCCAAGCUACCGUUCUCAGCAAUUAAUACCCAAGGUGGUUCCAGUGUCUUGGGUGGAGAUAGCAACAAGCAACUUCCUACCGGUUUCCGGUAUUCUUCUGUAUCACAGGUUGAUUUCAAUCCCCAGAGCAAAUGUCCAUUCAGGGGGCAGAGUGGAGUGGAAUCCUCUGAUGUUGUGGCUCCUGGUGGGCACAGUAGUUACCACCCAUCAAAAAGGAGCGGCAGAAUCUUCCACAAGGGUGUUAGGUGCGAUGGUUGUUGGGUGUAUCCUAUAACUGGCCCUCGGUAUAAGUCGAAAGUGAAAGAAGAUUAUGACCUGUGCAGCAUCUGCUACUCAGAAUUGGGCAACAAGGAUGAAUAUAUUAGAAUGGACCGUCCAAUGCCAUGCCGGUCUCCACGGUUAUUUAAAAAGCAUUAUGAUCGUCGUUAUCGGUGUUUAGAACCAAUGUUUCCACCCAUACAGCCAGGUUGUGGAGUGAAACCAUGCCGAUCAAAGCUUGACAGUUGCUUCGUUGAAGAUGUGAAUGUUUUUGACGGAACUGUGAUGGCCCCAGAAACCCCAUUUACUAAAAUAUGGCGGGUGCGGAACAGUGGUACUGUUGCUUGGCCCCGUGGAACACAUCUUGUGUGGAUUGGAGGGGAUCAGUUCAGUGAUAAAGUUUUGGUGGAGUUGGAGAUUCCAGUGGAUGGCAUCCCUGUGGAUAAAGUACUUGAUGUUGCUGUUGAUUUUAGGGCUCCUCAACACCCUGGUUGUUAUGUCUCAUAUUGGAGGAUGGCAUCUCCAUCAGGCCAGAAAUUUGGGCAGCAAGUUUGGGUCCUCAUCCAGGUAGAUGCUUCUUCUCAAGAGGGCUCAAUUGCUAGUAGUUUUCAUAGCUUGAACUUGAAUUUGCCCCCUGAGUGCAGUGGAGCAAAAGGAUCUGAGAUCGUUGAUGUGAAUGCUGAGCCUGCAGAUAGUAACUACCUAGAGUCUGGCUGCGUUAACUUAGAGAUGGAAUUAGUAAGGCCUGUCGUAGACAAACACCCAAGCAAGGAUCAAGCACUUGAGUACCCUGUAAAUGACAGCUUACUUGUUGGCAGUGGUGUUUCUGUUCCUGUCAAUCCAGGAAUACCUGCUUCAGUAUCAUCAUAUCCAAUGAUUGAUUUUUCUGAAGGGUUUCCUGAACCAUCUCCAAUGAUGGAUGUGGAAACAUUAGCUGGAGAUUCCGAGGCUGAUGUUGAAAAUGUUGAAAAAACCCUCCUGAAGGAGCUUGAAGAUAUGGGUUUUAAGCAGAAUGGCUUGAACAAAGAAAUCUUGAGGAUGAAUGAGUAUAACAUGGAGCAGUCUCUUGAUUAUCUUUGUGGUGUCGUAGAGUGGGAUCCAAUCCUUGAGGAGCUGCAGGAUAUGGGAUUCCAUGACAAAGAGACAAAUAAGAAGUUGCUGAUUAAGAAUGGUGGAAGCAUCAAGCGGGUUGUCAUGGAUCUAAUUGCAGACGAGCGCCGACUAGAAACCUCUCCACCUGCCUUGUAAUGUUGAUAGCAGCUAGUAGUGGGGAUGAUGAAAUGUCUCAUGUGUUAAUUUUGAAACGUUUGAAGCUGGUGUAUAAAGGGUGUUGAUAUUUCUGUUAUUUUGCAUAAAUUAAGGAAAUUGGGACUGUUAUUAUCAGGACAUAAUUGGUGAUCCUGUGAGAAGACAUUUUCUAUUAAGUACAAAGAUAUUUAUGUGGUGGUAA